CCAGUCCUGCAGUUCAAGGCUGGGCUGAGCUGAGAAUCGUGCGUCGCGUCGCCCUUUGCUCCUCGUCCCAUCGCUCAUCAACUCCAACAGCCACCGUCGUACCAUCGCCUCGCAGUAGGUAUGCCGCAUCCGCGCAUAUGAAUGCGCUCGCACCCGCUGCUGGCCCGGUCCACCGCGCCGCCACCGCCAGCUUCGUCCGCAUCGCCCGACAUCAUGCCUACCGGCGCCAGGCGUGGCGCGCCCAUGUGCGCUGGCUGGCCGACGUCGCCAACGAGGCGAACCUGAAGCGGCGAGGCACGCUCGCCCGUGAGUAUCGAGUCGGACUCAACCGAGGCACGCGCGCACCAUGGCUAACCCUCCCCGACAGUCCCGUCGCAGUCGCGCUUCAAUGAGAUCGGCGUGCAGCAACUGAGCUCGCAUGUCUUCAAUCAAGUAUUCCCCGACGGAUGCAAGCCUCCGCCCGAGGAGCUUGUCCGGCUCUCCCGCGACCAUCUGCGCCGUCAUGACCUGCUUGGCAAAAACACCGACGACUCCGCGCCCAUCGCCUUCGACCUGCCCCAGCUACACGGGCGCACCCUCGACGAGCACUUCUUCAAGCUCGGGACUGACUGCGCUGAGCCCUACCUGAGCCAUGCGAAGCAGUUCGUCCGCUCCAGCGUUCCCCCAAAGCCCCGCAAGUGGGUGCGGCGGAGCGGCUGGACCAAGUACUAUCCCGAUGGCCGAACCGAGCAAGUCGAUGCGCCCAACGAAGAGAUGCUCUGCUUUGACACAGAGGCCCUAUGGAAGGAGAGCCCCUUCUCCGUCAUGGCGUGCGCGGCGAGUCCCACUGCUUGGUACGCCUGGCUGUCGCCCUGGCUUCUGGGCGAGACGAAGAAUGACCGGCAACUCAUUCCGCUCGGCAACCCGACCCAGGCGCGCAUCAUCGUCGGGCACAAUGUCGGCUACGACCGCGCCAGAGUCAGGGAGGAGUACGACAUCAAGCAGUCCCGGAACGCAUUCAUCGACACCAUGUCCCUUCACGUCGCUGUCAACGGCAUGUGCUCACAACAGCGCCCGACGUGGAUGAAACACAAAAAGAACCGCGAGCUGAGAGAGAGGGUAGCCACGCAGACCCCUGACAACGAGCUUGCGGAGCUACUCAGCAACCGGAGUAUGCAGGAGGAAGAAGAGCUGUGGGUGGAAAGGAGCUCCGUCAACUCGUUGCGAGACGUGGCCAAGUUUCACCUCAACGUCGCCAUCGACAAGGCCAUGCGUGACGAUUUUGGCGAGCUGGACCGCCAAGGCGUGGUGGCCAAACUCGACAUGCUCCUCGACUACUGCGCGGCCGACGUGUCCAUCACGCAUCGCGUAUACCAGAUCGUCUUCCCCAAUUUUCUCGACGUGUGCCCUCACCCCGUCAGCUUCGCCGCCUUGCGACAUCUCGCCUCCGUGAUCCUGCCCGUCAACAAGACCUGGGACGCUUACAUAGCCAACGCCGAGGCCACCUACCACAAACUCUCGGAUGCCGUCCAGGAGAGGCUCGUCGGUCUCGCCGACAAGGCCCUCGAGCUCAAGGAUGACCCGGAAAAGUGGCAACACGACCCCUGGAUGAUGCAGCUCGACUGGUCUGGUCAAGAAAUCCGCAUGGUCAAGGGCAAGCGCAAAAACGAUCCUCCCAGACCGGCCGCGCGACAGAAGAAGCCGGGCAUGCCGCAGUGGUACAAGGACCUUUUCGCGAAAAACGACGCCCCCAUCAGCAUCACGGUGCGAACGCGCAUCGCCCCUCUGCUCUUGAAGAUGUCCUGGGAUGGCCACCCGCUCUUCUGGUCGGACAAAUACGGCUGGGUUUUCAGGGUGCCCAAGGGUGAAUGCGACAAGUACACAGGGAAGCAGAUGCUUCAUUGCGUCUUCGACGACACGGAGGCGGCCCUACGAGACGACAGACUGCACGCCUACUUCAAGCUCCCUCACAAGGACGGGCCGACCGCUCGUUGCGUCAAUCCGAUGGCCAAGGGUUAUCUGAGCUACUUUGAAAAUGGCACUCUCUCGUCCGAGUACUCGUACGCCAAGGAAGCGCUCGAGAUGAAUGCAUCGUGUUCGUACUGGAUGAGCGCGCGAGAUCGCAUCAUGUCGCAAGUGGUCGUCUACGAAGACGAGUUGGGCCAAGCUGCCGGCAAGAAGCGAAGGGGCAGACGGUCGCCCGAGGACACUCACGGCUUCAUCUUGCCCCAGGUCAUCCCCAUGGGCACCAUCACGAGACGAGCCGUGGAGAACACAUGGCUCACCGCGAGCAACGCCAAGAAGAACAGGGUGGGAUCCGAGCUCAAGGCCAUGGUCAAGGCCCCGCGGGGCUACUGCUUCGUCGGCGCGGACGUCGACUCCCAGGAGCUGUGGAUUGCCAGUUUGGUUGGCGAUGCGACGUUCAAGAUCCACGGGGGCAACGCGGUGGGGUUCAUGACGCUCGAGGGAAACAAGGCCGCAGGCACGGAUCUCCACUCGCGGACGGCGUCGAUCCUGGGCAUAUCGCGAAACGACGCAAAGGUCUUCAACUACGGCCGCAUCUACGGGGCCGGGUUGAAGUUUGCGGCGACGCUGCUCCGACAGUUCAACCCCGGCCUGUCGGAGAGGGAGACGAUGGAGGUGGCGUCGAAGCUGUACGCCAACACCAAGGGCACCAAGACGAACAGAAAGACAAUCUACAAGCGACCGUUCUGGCGCGGGGGCACCGAGUCGUUUGUCUUCAACAAGCUCGAGGAGUUCGCCGAGCAGGAACGGCCCAGGACGCCAGUGCUGGGCGCCGGCAUCACGGAGGCGCUGAUGGGUCGGUUCAUCGGCAAGGGCGGCUAUCUGACGUCGCGAAUCAACUGGGCCAUUCAGUCGUCGGGGGUCGACUAUCUGCACCUCCUGAUCGUAUCAAUGGACUUUCUCAUCCGCCGCUACAACAUCGAUGCGCGCCUGGCCAUUACGGUGCAUGACGAAAUCCGCUACCUGGUGAAGGAGGAAGACAGAUACCGGGCCGCGCUGGCUCUGCAGGUGGCCAACGUGUGGACGCGGGCCAUGUUUGCGCAGCAAGCGGGCAUCAAUGACCUGCCGCAGUCGUGCGCGUACUUUUCGGCCGUGGACAUUGAUCACGUCCUGCGCAAGGAAGUGGACAUGGAGUGCAUCACGCCCAGCCACCCGACGCCCAUCCCGCCCGGCGAGAGCCUCGACAUCAAUGCGCUGCUCGACAAGGGCGAGGAGGCGCUCCUGGACCCAGGCGUCGUCCCGGAGCCGAGGCACGCGCCGAACUUAGACGGCAUCGAGUACCAGCAGCGCGUGCCCGUGAUGCAGGCGAUCGAGGGCGAGUCGGGAACCAGCCUGCCGUUCAUCCGAGCGCAGGUCGCGAGCGACGACGCCGAAAUUCGCGACAUCAUCAAGGAGAUCAAAAAGGCGGAAGAGGCGGCCGCGCCCAAGGACAAGCCCAUGAGCAAACGGUCGCUGCGCAACGUGCUGCCGUACCAGGCGCACCCACAGCUGGUGCCCAUGGAGGAGCCCCUGUCGGUGGCCGAGGCGCUAGGCGCGCGGCAUCGAAGCGGACAGGGCGGCAAGGGCGGGUGGUCCUCGUGGACGAAGAGUUCGGCAAAGGGCUCGCGGCCGACGUGGAGGAUCUGACGACUACGACGAUGUAUGGAUAGGCGACGCCUCAAUGUUGGCGGCAUGCCGUUGCUUGUGCCGCGCAUGUUGACGAUGUACAAAGUACGUGGGGCCACUCACGAGGGGCUGGGAGCUGUAGGCACCCUCUCCUGCAAGGGGGGCAUCUAAUAGUCGCGGCGUAUGAUAGCGCAGGAUACUGUACAAAAUUAAUUGUUCAAUGCG